UUAGUGAAAAAAGUACUAAAUUAAUUGACACCGAAUAUCAAAUAGUAAUUGUAGAGAAGCGUACGCGGCGUCACGCAACCGCUUUUAAUCUGGUUUCACACGCAGUAAAACCAAGUAAAAAAACCCUACCGCAUCCCCUCAAUAAAGAGUCGUCCAAAACUCGCACGUUAUCGCUCGCUCUCUCUCACAUUCCCUUUUUCUCCCUCUCUCUAAAAUUCCUCUCCUUUUCUUUCUACAUAGUCCUGCGUUGGUCUUCGUAUUCUCUCUGCUUCAAACUUAAGCACGAUCGAAAUGGCGAAUGCAGCAUCUGGGAUGGCCGUUCAUGAUGAUUGCAAGUUGAGAUUCUUGGAACUGAAGGCGAAGAGGACUUAUCGCUACAUUAUCUUUAAGAUAGAAGAGAAACAGAAGCAGGUUGUUGUUGAAAAAGUUGGUGAGCCAACUGAAACCUAUGAGGACUUUGCUGCUAGUGUCCCUGCUGAGGAAUGUCGCUAUUGCAUCUACGAUUUUGACUUUGUGACUGCAGAGAAUUGCCAGAAAAGCAAGAUUUUCUUUAUUGCUUGGUCUCCUGAUUCUUCAAGGAUCAGAAGCAAGAUGAUAUAUGCUAGCUCAAAGGACAGAUUCAAGAGGGAACUGGACGGUAUUCAAGUUGAACUGCAAGCAACCGAUCCAACUGAAAUGGGCCUUGAUGUUAUUAAGAGUCGUGCUAUCUAAGUGAACAUUUGUAGGCAGGUGCUCCGUGCAAUGCCUACAGUUUGUUGGACUGUAAACAUGGGUAUAAGUAGUCGCCAAGUACUUGGUAUACUCUCUUAUAACUUUGAUGCAAUUUAUGUGUGUUCUGGUAUAUGAUGUUUUCAAGUGUUGCAGUUGUAGCUUUAAUCUACAAAAGCUGAUAUUGUAACAAUCUGGAAGGUGCAAGACUAGCAUGUUUUGGUAUGAUAUGAUAUGGCUACAUUUGACCCCUGGCUUUA